GAGAGGUGUUCACUUCAUAAGCACUGAGGAACUCUUGGACAAUUUUAUGGGAAGUGGGAGAGAUUGUCUUCACAUCACAGAAGAUGAGUGGAUCGGACUGAAACGUGGAUUUAAAAGUCAGUUUCCGAGUUGAUUCGGAAUUUCUAACCCGGCGAGGAUGAAGAAAUGUAAAGGCUACCCGUGCCUUCUGAUGUUGAGGAUGACGGUGUGCUUUAUCUGGGAAUCAGACUAAAACAAGAGGCAGAAGUGUUUGGUUCAGAGAUGCCUCAGUUCGGCUGAUGCGGACGGACGAGGGAAGAGAAGACAGCAAAUUUCAGUCCUGGGAGAAGACAGGUAUAAAUCAAGGUAGGAUUCCAGCACAAGGAUCCCUCGUAACCUCUGGGCUAUGGCUGACUAAAAUGCAACUUUCCAAGUGGUCAAUCGCACGCUGGAACUCCGUGGUCAGCCUUUUCGCUAUGAUCCAGCAGGCGGAGGUGUCGGGACCAUGAGCGUGGGGAGAAUCAACCGCUACAGCAUCGUGUCAUCCGAGGAAGAGGGCCUCCGCCUGACGACCAUGCAUGGCAUGAACGGUUUUGGCAAUGGCAAGAUCCACACGCGCCGCAAGUGCCGCAGCCGCUUCGUCAAAAAGAACGGCCAGUGCAACGUGCAGUUUGCCAACAUGGAUGACAAGUCCCAGCGCUACAUGGCUGACAUAUUCACCACCUGUGUGGAUAUCCGCUGGCGGUGGAUGCUGGUGGUCUUCACCCUGGUGUUCGUGGUUUCUUGGCUAGCUUUCGGUUUGGCCUUCUGGGUCAUCGCCUUGCUACACGGGGAUUUGGAUAACCCAGCGGGUGAUGACAACUUCACUCCAUGCGUCCUGCAAGUCAACGGAUUUGUGGCUGCCUUCCUAUUCUCCAUUGAAACGCAGUCCACUAUUGGCUACGGCUACCGUUGUGUCACUGAGGAGUGCCCAGUCGCGGUUUUCAUGGUGGUUUUCCAGUCUAUCGUGGGUUGCAUCAUUGACUGCUUCAUGAUCGGCGCCAUCAUGGCCAAGAUGGCGAGGCCUAAGAAACGAGCGCAAACGCUGCUGUUUAGCCACAAUGCUGUCAUUGCUAUGCGGGACGGGAAACUAUGUCUCAUGUGGCGGGUGGGAAACCUUCGCAAGAGCCAUAUUGUCGAGGCCCACGUCAGGGCGCAGCUCAUUAAGCCUCGGAUCACCGACGAAGGGGAGUAUAUUCCUCUGGACCAAAUAGACAUCAACGUGGGUUUUGACAAAGGUCUGGACAGGAUUUUCUUGGUUUCGCCUAUAACGAUUCUCCAUGAAAUAGACGAGGAGAGCCCCCUUUUUGGGAUAGGCAAGCAGGACCUGGAGUCCUCUGAUUUUGAGAUCGUGGUCAUCUUGGAAGGCAUGGUGGAAGCAACAGCCAUGACCACCCAGGCUCGCAGUUCGUACUUAUCCUCUGAGAUCCUUUGGGGGCACAGGUUCGAGCCUGUCCUGUUUGAGGAGAAGAACCUCUACAAGGUGGAUUACGCCCACUUUCACAAAACCUACGAGGUGCCGUCCACCCCCCGCUGCAGUGCCAAGGACAUGUUGGAGAACAAGUUCCUGGUUCCCACUUCUAACUCCUUCUGCUACGAAAACGAGCUGGCUUUCCUCAACCGCGACGAAGAGGAGGACGACGGAGGCGGAGGGAGUCGAGCGCUGGCAAACCUCAGUCCUGACCGGAAUAGUCGACAUGAGUUUGAACGCUUGCAGGCCACCAGAACUCUGGAUCAAAGGUCUUAUCGGAGAGAGUCGGAAAUAUGACCACAACCUUAGAGUCUGAGACAAAGUGCCAUAGGAAUAUUUGACUCCUGGAAAAGGGUCUAACCUGGAUUUUCAGCUUCCAAAAUCAUGGUUAACUCAUUGGCUGCCAUUGACCUUAACAUACUUCCAAUCCAUUUGAAGUGGUUGGAUUAGCAGCGAAAUAACAAAUGUUUUUUCAGUGCCAACCUUCCCAGCUCAAACUGACUGGACGUCUACUAGUGACAAACUAAAUUCACAGCAGAAGGGUGAAAAGAGCUAUAUAAUUGCACAUCUAUUAAUCACUACAGAUCUAGCUAGCAUAGAUCAGGCUAAUGUCAGAUUUUAGCAAUGUUUGCCAAUCUCGUAGCCAAAGUGAAUUGUUAAGACAAAGUCGAAUUGUAUCGAGACUUAAAAAUUGUCCAAAUCCUCAUUUUCGAGCCUAUAAAUAUUUUCCUAUUAGACCGCCGGGAGGGACGUCUCAAAUUCUCGCUUACUUUGUUGUUCUUCUUCUUGGGGAGGACACCAACUAAAGUUGCUAAUUCCUGGUUUGUCGCUAGUAGACGUCAAAUUCACUGGAAGGGCUGGCAGCAAAUGAGCCCUCCCAGCACAAAUGGAUUGUCAUCUAUUAUUGCCGAUGGCAGUCAAUGAGUUAAUUUAAAAAAACAAAACAAAAACACACAUACAUAGUAUCAAGUGAUCAACAGCAAAAUACUGGCUGGAAAUUGGAGACCCCUGGUAUAGAGGAAGACCUUCCUUCAUGGAAACUUGAAUCUUUUUCACAUGGUCACUUUGAGUGUUUUAACAAUACUGCAGAGCUACGACAGAUAGACAUUGUAUUUCAGAUGUAAAUACAUUUUUUUUUUUGUUACGGUAUAGUUUGUGUGCUGUCUCUUCUGAAAGUAGAAAGCUACGUCUACUUGUUCGUGAGCACAGUAUUGUUUGCUAAAUUUGCUGGACAUGGAGUUCAGUGGCACAAAAAAUUUAAAUGCAAUGAGCCAUAAUGAAACACCUCUUUCCCAUCAAAAUAAGCACCUUAACUUAAACAAAUAAUGUAUAUAAUAUUAGCCAUUAUAUAUAUUUUUUCAUUUGAAGUUUCACAACAACUAAAAGUACAGCUUUGUCGCUCCUCAACUAUUACAGGGUUUCCCCCAGAAAAAUUGCAAAGUCCAGAGAAGCCCACAACAGCCUACCAUGUUUUUGGAAAAAGCAAUCAAUAAAUAAAAUAAAUGGAUUUUAAAAAUCAUGCCUAUUAUGCAUCAUUAUAAGCCAUUAAUUAACAAUACUUUGACAGAGUCUUAAAAAUACCAGUCUUGAAAGAGAUUUUUUAAAAAAAAAAGGUUUGUUCACAUGACCAUGAGAUGUCGCCAUUUAGCUUUCAACCGUAUUAACAGACGUGGUUAAAUGCGGUUAAAUAUGUAUUGCUUACUAUACUUUCUUUUGUAGCACCGUUUUAGCCCGGUGGCCCACUAGGCUUAUAAAGCACUGGGGGAAGCCCUGAAUUAAUCUAUGCAUAUUUUUCCACUUGGUCAGGCAUUAGAUACAAUUACAUUAAAAAAAAAAAAAAAAAAACAACAAAAAAAAUUCUUUCGUAGUACAGUGAUCCCUCGUUUUUCGCGGUUGAUGGGGACCAGAAUCCGCUGCGAUAAGUGAAAAACCCGCGAAGUAGCGCAUUUUGUGUGUUCACUGCAUUUAUUU